GGGCAGCGGCGGCUGCGGACUCGCCAGUCCCGGCAGGAGCGGGUCAGAGUCGCAGCCUGAGCCCGCCAUGGAGCAGCCCAGGAAGGCGGUGGUGGUGACGGGGUUUGGCCCUUUUGGGGAACAUACUGUGAACGCCAGCUGGAUCGCAGUCCAGGAGCUGGAGAAGCUGGGGCUCGGCGACAGCGUGGACCUGCACGUGUAUGAGAUUCCAGUCGAGUACAGGACGGUCCAGAGGCUCAUCCCUGCCCUGUGGGAGAAGCACAGCCCACAGCUCGUGGUGCAUGUGGGGGUGUCGGGCAUGGCGACCGCGGUCACACUGGAGAAGUGUGGGCAUAACAAGGGCUACAAGGGGCUGGACAACUGCCGCUUCUGCCCCGGCUCCCAGUGCUGCGUGGAGGACGGGCCUGAAAGCAUCGACUCCAUCAUCGACAUGGACGCUGUAUGUAAAAGGGUCACCACGCUGGGCUUGGACGUGUCCGUGACCAUCUCCCAAGAUGCCGGCAGGUACCUCUGCGACUUCACCUACUACAUGUCUCUGUACCAGAGUCACGGCCGCUCAGCCUUCGUUCACGUGCCCCCGCUGGGCAAGCCGUACAACGCAGACCAGCUGGGCAGGGCGCUGCGGGCCAUCAUCGAGGAGAUGCUGGACGUCCUGGAGCAGUCAGAAGGCAAAAUCAGCUGUCACCACAAACACUGAGAGCCUCUUAGGCCUCCCAGGACCUCGUCCCACUAGGAACCCCGGGAGGGACGUCUGCCUUCUGGGGCCUGGCCAAGGAGGAUAAGCCUGGCCACUGGGCGUCUGAUUUGGACCAAUAUUCCGACUUACACACCUCCUCUCCCUUCCCCGCAAAAGGGCUGGUCGAUUGGCAAGGGGUGGCUGAAGAUGGUUCCUCUCUUGCCCUUUGCUUCAGGGGACACAGCCGCGAUGGCCGGGAAGCCGGUGGGUCCCAAGCUCCACAGGGAAUCCCCGCCGAGUGGAUUUCUGCUCUUCGGCCCCACAGCUGGGGCUGGGGCCACCUGGUCACCGCCCUGAGCUCUGGCAAAGGGAUUCCGGCGUCCCCUCCACCCGUGACUGGUUUUUCCCAAACUUAAAACCCCCUUGGAAUGUCUUUGCCCUGAUUCAAGGCCCAACAGCCUGGACAGCUCUGGAAAGGGCUGCCUUGGGGUAUGCCUGGCGCUGUUUUCCCCCCUUCUCUCUCUUUCUUAUUCUCUUUUUAAAAAACAAUAGUGCUAGUUUGGGCACGGAGGACUUUAUAUUCGCUUUGGUUAAAACGCGGGCUUUAGCCAACGACAAAGUGUC